UAAAUUCUGGACAGGAAACUGUUCUGACUGGAGUGUGUCACAUGUUCAAAAUGUCUAUUCUGAUCUGUUCUCUGAUCUGUUAGUUUACCUGCUGAUGGAGCAGUGCCAAGCCUUCAUCUUCAGAGAGUCGAUGGUGAAUAAACCCCUGACCCUCCCGUGUAGCUGCUCAGGACAUUGUCCAGAGGUUCGGUGGAUCCGCUUCAUUCCUAAAAGAGCCGUCGUUGCUCAGAGCGGGAUGUGUCCCAAACAACAGCAUUCACAAAGCAGAUAUUCAGUGUCAGGAGAUACAAGCAGAGGAGAUUUCUCCCUGACCAUCAGUUCAGUAGCCUACAAUGAUGCCGGCUCCUACAUGUGCAGCUGUAAUGGACAAUCAGUUACUGAAGUAAAGCUGAAAGUUAUCGUUCCGACAUUUGUAAAGGCUUUGGAGGGGGAGAACGUCACCCUCCCGUGCUACGGAGACACUCGACAUGACGUUAAAGAUGUAAAAUGGAUGAAAGAUGGACACAGGGUUCUGCUGUACACUCCUGCUAACAGAUCGGUGACUACUGAAAGCAGAUUUACGAUGUCAGUAGAAGGCUUUCUAGACGGUGAUCUCUCUCUCCACAUCAGUCCAGUUCACCCGUCUGAUGCAGGAUUAUAUCAGUGUCUCAUCCAUGAUGAAUCUCAGGACGGAGAACCAGGAGCUGUUUUACUGAAGGUAGAAGGGCUACAACAAUUCACAACCAACAACAGCGCUCAAGUUUCAGUACUGCAUGUGCUACUAGGAUUGUUCCUCAUCAUUUGCACUGUAUGAGAAAGCAGAGACUGAUCCAGAUUUGAUCCAAGAUAUGAAUUAAUAUUCAGCUUUUAUUUUGUUGUAUUAUUGUCCUGUGUGUUUAGUACUGAAUAAAAUUAAAUUAAAAUAUUUUGAAUGAGUAUUUGAAUAUCAAGUAAUCACACUAACGUCCAGGUCGUUUUAUUUGUUAAAAAAGACUAUGUCCACUAGAUGGCACUAGAGUACACAAAUUCUAGCUUGCAUGAUUCAUUUAAAUCUGUUUGAUUCUUUUUUCUCGAUUUCCUUCGAUAAAGCAUCAUGAAGAGAAAUCCCCGGUUUUUUUUCUUUUCUUUUUUUGUUUUUUUUUUUUAAAACAAAAAAGUACUUCAUAAAAAGGAUUAUGUUUGGGUUAUAAAAAGAGCCACUAUAUUAACUCGACUUAGGACAGUUGGGAUUCAAGAGUCGACUCAGAAUCAGAUUCAGAAUCGAUUACUCACAGUGACGCUAUUCGGAAAUUUUGCUAGUCUGGAGAUGUUCGACUUGAAAGACAUCACAGCUAGAACAUAACGGUUAGAAGCUGUAUUACACGUAUAUGUAAUUAACAUUGCAAUGUUUAUUUUAUUAAUUCUCGUUCCUGUCUUUCCAUGAAUUGUUGUGCAGAAUCGACUCAAAUGAUUCAGAUUCAUUCAAAUCAGAAUCAGAAUCAACUCUCAUUUUGACCAUCCUAGAUCAGGUACAAUGUCAUUAGAGUAUGUGGUUCUAAAAGAGUAAGAUUUAUUUGUAUUUGUACUUGGGCUUGUUUCAGUCUUGACCUUUGAUUUAUUAUAAAUUAUAUAUU